AUGAAGACUGAAGGUGUGGUCAAGAAAUUGUCUCUCAAGAUACAGGGCGUUGAGAUUACGGUGCCUGCAUAUCUCUUGCAUGUAGCAGGGGCUGAUGUCAUCUUGGGAGCACCAUGGUUGGCUUCACUGGGACCUCAUGUAGUUGACUAUGCUACAUCCAUGCUAAAAUUCUACUUAGAUGGCAAGUUUGUCACAUUGAAAGGUGAAAUUGGCAACAAACCGGUCGUAGCUCAGUUGAAUCUUUUCAAGAUAUUACACCAGAUGGAUGCAAUUAGUGAGUUGUUCACUAUUCAAAAGAUUGAUCCAGUGGUUAUAGAGGACAAUUUGAAUGGCAUUCCAGUUAAUCUUGAACCUGAAAUGAGUAAAUUGCUGCAUACAUACAGAGAAAUAUUUCAAGUACCUAAAGGGCUACCUCCUAAGAGAGAAUUGAGUCAUGAGAUAUUACUGAAAGAUGGAGCAUAA